AUGAGAGGAUCAAUGGCUUCCCCACGCGCCGUUGAAGCUAGGCACCGGCUAUCUGCAUCAUUGUGAGAUAUAUACAGAAGAAAAGUACUGAAAAGUAAAGCAAACGAUUCGGAUCAGAAGCCUUUCCACUUAUCUAUCCAAGAAAGAAGUUCAAGAUACAAGCUUCCUCUGUUGAGAUUUGUGCUGCUAAUCACCAUCUGUGGUACUUUUGUAACACUCCUGUACUCUCCAGACGUUUACAACAAUAACCUUCCAACACAUUCUGUUCCUCGGUGGAUAUGGGGUGGUUCAGAUUCUCGAUAUGAAACAAAUAUAGACAUUAACUGGGAUGAUGUCAUGAAAGUGAUGGGGAGGUUGGCUGACAGGAAUACAUAUCAAGGAAUUGGCCUAUUAAACUUCAACACAAGCGAAAUCAAACAGUGGAAUCAAAUUGUUCCUGAAGCCAUGAAUGUUGUUCUGCACCUAGACUAUGCUGCAGAGAAUGUAACUUGGGAAUCUUUAUAUCCAGAAUGGAUAGAUGAGGAGGAAGAAGAAGGAAUUCCACUCUGCCCAUCUCUGCCAAAGCUCAAAGCAAUUGGUAGACGGCUUGACCUCAUAGCUGUUAAACUUCCUUGUCGGAAAGAGCUAGCAAAUUGGUCUAGAGAUGUUGCUAGGUUGCAUUUGCAGCUUGCUGCUGCUGGACUUGCAGCGUCUUCCAAAGGGUAUCGCCAUGUGCAUUUGCUUUUCGUCACCGACUGCUUCCCUAUUCCAAAUCUGUUCAAAUGCAAAGAGCUUGUGGUGAGGGAGGGGAAUGUAUGGCUAUACAAGCCAAACCUCAAUGUGCUUAGAGAAAAAUUGCAGCUCCCAGUUGGUUCCUGUGAACUUGCCCUUCCUUUCAGAGGGAAAGGGCUGGUCUACUCUGGCAAUGCACGCCGAGAAGCGUAUGCAACAAUUCUCCAUUCAGCUGAUGUUUAUGUUUGUGGAGCCAUAUCUGCCGCACAAAGCAUUCGAAUGGCAGGGUCUACUCGAGACCUUGUGAUACUUGUUGAUGAAACCAUUAGUGGUUACCAUAGGAGUGGACUGCAGGCAGCAGGGUGGAUAGUAAAGACUAUUCAAAGGAUCAGGAACCCGAAAGCUGAGAAAGAUGCAUACAAUGAAUGGAACUACAGCAAGUUCCGGUUGUGGCAGCUGACAGAAUAUGACAAGAUCAUUUUCAUUGAUGCUGAUUUGCUUAUACUCAAGAACAUUGAUAUCUUAUUUUCGAUGCCAGAAAUUUCUGCCACAGGGAAUGAUGCCACACUUUUUAACUCUGGGGUGAUGGUAAUCGAGCCAUCAAAUUGCACAUUUCACCUGCUUAUGGAUCACAUUAAUGAGAUAGAGUCCUACAAUGGUGGUGACCAGGGCUACUUGAAUGAAAUUUUUACAUGGUGGCAUAGAAUACCUAGACACAUGAAUUUCUUAAAGCAUUUCUGGCAAGGUGAUGAGGAGGAAAUGAAGCAAAAGAAGACCUGGCUUUUUGGAGCUGAACCUCCAGUUCUUUAUGUCCUUCACUACCUAGGAAUGAAGCCAUGGUUGUGCUUUCGCGACUACGAUUGUAACUGGAAUUCUGAUAUAUUUCAAGAGUUUGCAAGUGAUGUUGCUCACGCAAGUUGGUGGAAGAUUCAUGAUGCAAUGCCUGAGCUGCUGCAGCAGUUUUGCUUUUUGAGGACGAAGCAGAAGGCACAACUGGAAUGGGACAGAAGGGAAGCCGAGAAAGCGAACUUCACAGAUGGACAUUGGAAGAUCAAAAUCAAAGACCGGCGAUUGAAAAGAUGUGUAGACAAUGUGUGUUCUUGGAAGGGCAUGUUGAAGCAUUGGGGAGAAACAAACUGGACUGAUGAUCAGGUUGUGUACAGUCCAACUCUUCCUGCAAUUACCGCAACUUCUACCGCCGGUGUUUGAAUCCGGCCUUGUUUUACCACCUUUCUAACUGCAUUACCCUUAAUGGAGCUAUGUAAUUACAGAAGUUGAGAGUUCUGCUGGAAAAGUUGUUUUGAUUUUCACCACGAGUAUUUAAGCAUAAGGUGUUAGACAGUGGUAAUUUGGGUACCAUGCUAUGGUAGGUAGUGUUCAUCAUUAUAUGCUUCAGGAUGAUUUUGCUACACAAGUAUAUAGUAAUC